AUGGAACGCCGAUGUACUAUCACACCAAGGGACCUAGAGUGGAUGCUAUGUGAUGAAACGGCAGAGCCGAAGGCCCUGUCACUCUCACUUCUGGAAGAUAUCACACAUAGUUUCUCUGAUGAGCAGCGAAUUGGCAGCGGUGGAUUUGUGGUGGUCUAUAUGGGAAAGCUUGAGAAUAGGAUUGUUGCCGUGAAGAAGAUGUCCAAUACAUAUAUGCAUGAGAAGGAAUUCCAGCAAGAAGUUGAAUGUCUCAUGAUGGUGAAGCACAAAAAUAUAGUACGGUUUCUCGGUUAUUGUGCCGACACGCAAGGUAGUGUGGAAAGGUACAAAGGAAAAUUCGUCAUGGCGGAUGUACAAGAAAGGUUACUCUGCUUUGAGUAUCUUCCUAGAGGAAGUCUUCAUGAGUAUAUCACUGAUACAUCUUACGGACUUCAGUGGAGGGACCGCUACCAAAUUAUCACAGGAAUUUGCCAGGGGUUGCAUCAUCUUCAUCAGAAUAAAAUUGUCCACUUAGAUCUGAAGCCAGCAAAUAUACUGCUGGAUGAUAAUUUUGUCCCAAAAAUUGCGGAUUUUGGUCUAUCGAAGUACUUUGCUGAAAUGCAAAGCCAGGUUAUUACUUCCAGAGGUGGAACAUUUGGAUAUAUGGCACCAGAAUUUUGUAACCAUACUGAAAUCACAUACCGUCAUUCGUAUCGGCUUGAUAUCUACAGCCUUGGAGUUAUAAUCAUUGAAAUACUCACCGGAAAGAAGGGCUAUCACGCUGUUGACAAUGUCGUUAAAAGUUGGAGUAACAUGUUGGAGAAAUCACAGAGCAAUGUACAACUGGACCAGGUACGAGUAUGUGCUGAGAUAGGAAUAGAGUGUGUCGACUUCAACCCACAGAAGAGACCAGAUACACAACAUAUAAUCAGUAGACUCGAUGAAACAGAAACUAUGGGCGGAUAUAUCAAAACUGGCAUGGUUACUUCACAACAGCCAGCAGAUGAGCUGAAGUCUUCUUAA